AUGGCCUACAACGGAGGAGGAUACGAAGGAGGGCCGGGAGGACGUCAGUAUGGUGGCCAAGCACCACCACCUCGAGGGCCGCCGCAGCGAGCAUACACCGCUGGGCCAGGCAUACCACAACAGCAGUACAAUGCGCCGCCGCCUCAGCAGCAGCACUACGACCAAUAUCAAGAAGACUAUAGCUAUGGUGGUGGCUACGAUGACUAUGGGGGUGGUUACGAUCAGGGCUAUGGAGGACAAGAUCAAGGUUACGGCGGACAAUAUGAUGACCGGAAUUACCAGAGAGGCCCUCCCGCUCAGGAUUACCCGCAGCAAGACUAUUAUAACCCCGGACCCAACGGCCGCGGUGGACCCCCUCCUGGACCUCCUGGACCUCCUGCUCCCGGUCCCGGUCGAGGUGGACCGCCUAUGCAAGGAGGCAGAGCUGGGCCUGGUGGUCCGAUGCGCCCUCCCGCAGACAAAAACAGAGGUCCUCCGGCUCCUUAUCCGCCGCGUGGUGGCGGCUACCCUCCGGGCCCGGGACGGGGUUAUCCGCCUCAGGGCCCCGGUGGGAGGCCAGGCCCUCCAGAUCGAACUGUAGCUUCAGAUCCCAGCGCGAAUCGCCGACCACCCAUGAAUGGCCCCGGUCCUGGUCCCGGCCCCGGCCCUAUGAGCCCUGGAGACCGUGGUUUUGGCGGUGGCCACCAACAAGAGGGCCUCCUGGGUCUAAUGGGCCUGGACCACAACGUGGACCGAUGCGCCCAGAUACCAGGGACGGAUAUGGAAGGCCGAUGCGCCCCGAUACUAGAGACGGCUAUGGAGGACCAGGGCCUGGACCGGGACCUGGAGGACCGCGCAAGGGGACCGCCUCAGCCUUACCGCCCCCAGCAGGACUUUCAAGAUCAGCGACAAGGUCCUCCUCCUGGCCAGGAUUUUGGUCAGCCUGGAGGGUAUCAGGAUGGUAGCUUCGGUCCUCCUGGGCGGAGCAUGACAAUGCCAGCAAGAGAUGAUAUGGGAUAUGAGCCUCCACCCCAGAAUUUCAUGCACAGGAGCGACAGCGUCCCUUACAAUGGUCCUGAUGGACGCGGGAUUCAAAGACCGAACACAACUCAAGGUGCUCGAGCGCCACCGCAAAGGGUCUACCCGUCUGAGAAUGGAGCACCCCCGUUACCACAAAACAACUUUGACCAAGGGUACGGGAACCGAGCAGAUAUGGGUUAUGGUGGCCAACAGCAACAGCAACAGCCCGGUCAUGUUGAUGACUACUAUGAAGAUUAUUAUGAGCGUAACGGCAACGGCGGCUACCUAGCUCAAAACCCACCCUCGGCUCAAACAGACGGCCCAAACUUCGAUGCCAUACCCCCUCACAGGCAUAAGGAGUCUUUCGACCAGCACAUGCAGCCUAAUCAGAUGCAGCAUCAAGCCCAACGUGGACCUGGCCGCGUCCCAGAGAUGUCUAGGGCCAAAUCUCAGCCGGAUUUGCGCAAUUCACAGACGGCUGUAUUUGAGAUGGCUGGAGAUAUUCCCCCAAUCCCCAUGAUGCCGCAACAAACUGGGGGGCCUCGGGGUUCGCUUGAGAGUCAGCAUAGUCAGUACAGGCCGUCUCCUAAUGCCCAACCAGGACCGCUGCCGCCAGGAGGUGGAAUGCCUCCUCAUCCUGUGCCGUAUAGACCCGGGCAGUCUGCUCCCCCUCAAGGGCCGUAUGGCCAGGAUAGUCUUCCAUCGCAUCCUGCUCCAGUCCGACCGGGACAGAUGGCUGGCUCUAUGGUCAACUUGAAUGACAGGCCACCUCCAGUCAGGAACUACCAGGCUGCUAUGAACAGUAUGCCUGCUCCCCCCCCUCUCAACAACCAACCUGGUCCUCAACCACCGCAAAGCGGUCCUAGCCCGCCGCCGCCUCCCACGAAACCAGUCGAGCCCAAGGUUACUGUGGAAGAACUAGAACACUUGCGGGCCAUCGUCAAAAACGAUUCCAAUGACCAACAGUCUGCUCUUAAGCUAGCUAAGAAACUAGUCGAAGCGUCAGACGUCUUGGUACCGAAUCUGCCUGAUCCCAAGGCCCGUGCUCGUUCGCGGGAUCGCUACCUUGUUGACGCCCACAAGAUUCUUCGGAAGCUUGAGAAGGCUAGCAACCCAGACGCCAUGUUCUUCUUGGCCGACAGCAUCGGCCGCGGACUGUUCAGCAACUCCGAGCCCGACCACGCACACGCCUUCUCGCUCUACCAGUCAGCGGCAAAGCUCGGUCACGCGGCUGCCGCCUACCGCACCGCCGUCUGCUGCGAGAUCGGCAACGACGAGGGCGGCGGCACCCGCAAGGACCCCCUCAAGGCCAUCCAGUGGUACAAGCGCGCCGCCACGCUAGGCGACACGCCCGCCAUGUACAAGGUUGGAAUGAUCCUGCUCAAGGGACUGCUGGGUCAGCCGAAGAACAGGCGGGAGGCGAUCAGCUGGCUUAAGCGGGCAGCUGAGCGCGCCGACGCCGAGAACCCACACGCCCUCCACGAGCUCGCGCUCCUGUACGGCACCGCCGAGCCCGACGAUGUGAUUCUCCGCGACGAGGCAUACGCCUUUAGCCUGUUCAAACAGGCCGCCGAGCUGGGUUACAAGUUCAGUCAGUUCCGUCUGGGCGCUGCGUACGAGUACGGCCUAUUCGGUUGCCCGAUCGACCCGCGGUUGUCUAUAAUGUGGUACAGCCGUGCAGCCACGCAGGAGGAGCAUCAGAGUGAGUUGGCGCUGUCGGGUUGGUACUUCACCGGUAGCGAGGGUGUCUUGCAGCAGAACGAUACGGAAGCGUACCUGUGGGCGAGAAAGGCUGCCAUGGCAGGGCUGGCCAAGGCCGAGUUUGCGAUGGGUUACUUUACGGAGGAGGGUAUCGGUGUGCCGGCCGACCUCGAGGAUGCGAAGAGGUGGUACUGGAGGGCUGCUGGAACCCAGGACCACCCCAAAGCCCGUGAGCGUCUAGAGGAGCUUAAGCGAUCAGGGAAGAACGGGCCGAGAAAUCGGGAGAAGAUUUCCCGCAACAGAAAUUCGAGGCAGCAGGAGGGUGAAUGCUUGGUAAUGUAA